CUACUCCACUCGACAUCACUCACUGCUCGCGUUCAUCUCGUCCGAUCAUCAUCCAUUGACCUACCUUCAUCGACUCAAUUAAUGAACGACUACGACCGCGAGCUUGCAGGCGCCUGGGGUGCCCCGCCAACAGUCGCCCCCUCCUCUGAACCCACCGUGCAGUCCGCCCUCGCCAAAGAGAAGGCGCUCAAAGAAAUCAUCUCCCUUCGCGACGGGCUCCGCGGCCUCCUCGUCCGCAUUACCGAGGUCGAGGGCGAGACCGACAAGCUCAAGAAGGACAACGACUUUUUGGGAACAUACAUUGACAAUCUCACGAGAAACACUGUUGUCGCGGCUGGGCAUAAGCGAUGAGCGCACAUCAUGCCUCCCCGACAUGUCGCCACGCAGACGGACGGGAAGGCGUCGCCGUCUCUGUUCUCGGGGGUCCGCGCAUCCGUGCACACUACGCAUCAACAUCACCAGAGGUCUGUGUGUGAUUUGCUAGUGCCCCGACCUCUUGCCACGUGUGGCGGUCUUCCUCUUCUUGACCAUGAUCUGCCCCGGUCAUUCAUCACCGCGGCUCAGCAUAUAAUUACAGCACUGCAUGUACGUCUGGCUAGCAUAUAGGACGAGAAGCUCGAGCCAAUGUGGAUGAUGCGUGGCGGAAGCCCCGUGGCAGCUUCGUCGACAGACGUAGAAUGGCCAAAUAUGCAUGGAUAACUACACAACUG